CCUCCCUCCUUCGGCAUUAAAACAAACACCUUAAACACAAUUCGCUAAACCCACCUUCCUUGUCUCUUCUUCUUCAGUCAAUCUUCCAUCUUCACUGAGUUUUUACACAUCAUCAUCAAUGGCGGACGAAGUCAUUCUCUUGGACUUCUGGGUUAGCCCUUUUGCGACGAGGGUGAAAAUAGCCUUGGCUGAGAAAGGGGUAGAGUAUGAGUCCAGAGAAGAGGACCUGAGCAACAAGAGUCCACUGUUCUUGAAGAUGAACCCUGUUCACAAGCAAGUCCCAGUGUUGAUCCACAACGGCAAACCGGUGUGCGAGUCACUCAUCAUUGUUCAGUACAUCGAUGAAGUAUGGAACCACAAAUCUCCAUUGUUGCCUUGUGAUCCUCACCAGCGAGCUCAAGCCAGGUUCUGGGCUGAUUUUGUUGACAAGAAGAUAUGUAGUGUUUCGAAGUUGAUGUGGUCAUCCACAGGUGAAGCCCAAGAAGCAGCAAAGAAUGACCUCAUUGGGUGCUUGAAGCUGUUGGAAGGAGAGCUUGGAGACGAGCCUUAUUUUGGGGGUGACACCUUUGGCUUUGUGGAUGUGGCACUGAUCCCAUUUUACAACGCUUUCUAUACAAUUGAGCAGCUUGGCAACUUCAGGAUUGUGGCAGAGUGCCCUAAACUUGUUGCUUGGGGUCAUAGGUGUAUGAAAAAGGAGAGUGUGUCCAAGUCACUUCCUGACCAACACAAGCUCUAUGACUUCUUAUUGGGGAGCAAAAAGAAACUUGAGGCUAAGUAGAUCUGGAUGUUGUGUUUGCUCAUGGGAAUGUUCUGUUUAUGUUAUACUUGAAUAACAAAAAUAUUGGGGGUUUUAAUUUUGGAGCUUGGAGCUUUAAAAGAGCUUUAAUUGUGGGACUCACCAUAUGAUGUGAUUUUAUGCUUUCUUCUUUUUUGUGUUUCUUUUUUUUGUUUUUUGAGUUUUUUUUUUUGGUCUAUAUGCCACAUUACUAGAACUCAUAUUAGAGUUUUAAUUUUAGAGUUAAUCACUUUCCUUUGAAUAAAAAUAGAUACUUUUUGUUGUUUUAAUUGAAAAAA